AUGGAAACUAAUAAACCAAUAGCAAUACUAUUAAGUAAGGUUGGAAGAGGGAAAACUUCUUUUUACAAUAAAAUUUGUAAAUAAUCUUAAAAAACAUAUUUUGGUGGUUAAUCAUGUACAAGAGAGCUCUUUUUAAAAUGUUCAUUCUUUGGAAAAGGAUUUUAUUUAAUGGAUACUCCAGGAUUUGGGUGCGAUGAAGAUAUAAUAAUUCACUUAUCUGCUUUAUUUGUAGCAGCUGAAAGAUCCUUGAAUGCCAUUUUGGUUUUAACAAAAUUCGAUCGUGCUUGUGUUAUGAAAGAAGAAAUAAAUUAAGCAUUAUCUAUGCUCUCUCCAUGCAGAAAUAUGAUUAUUAUUAUUGUUACUUUUUGGGAUGACGUUGAAAAAGAACCCAUUUAAACUUAAGAAAAAUUUAAAAAGGAAAUAUAAGAUUUAGUAAUGAAACCUCUUAAACUUAAUUCAUUUAUAUGUACCAGUAAAAAUACACCAGGAGAUAUAAUUUGCUAUUAAUUAGAUUAGUUAAUUCAAAAUAAUGUAAAAAAAUCGGUAUAACUAACCCGUUAAGAGUUUUCAUUUAAAUUUACUUAACUUUCAUCAUUUUCUAUCACUGAUGAAAUUGAGACCCAUAAAUUAAAAUAAGACUUCUAAAACAAAUGCAAAGGAGCUCUUAGAUUUAUAGAAUAAUAAAAAAAUGAUGAUUAAGAAAUGACUGAAUUGAUGCAUGAAUUAAUAUUAGCAAUGAAAGAAGAAGCUCAUGCAACUGUUAUGGAAUUUACAAAAUAAAAUAGAGAAAGUUUUGAGAAAUUAGUUGAGAAAUUUGGAAUUUGUGAUUAUACAUAUUUAGCCCAUACUAAAUUAAAAGCAGAAAUUAUGGGAUAUCUAGAAUAAGUUAUAUAAAUAGCAUAAAAAAAGAUGUAAACAUACAAAUAUCAUGUUUAUAAUUAUAUCAAAUAAUGUCCUUAUUGUGGUCUAAUUUGGUUUAAAGUUGCUGGAUGUGAAAACUUAACAAGAUGCGGAGAAUAACCAAACAAAGAUGAUGAAAAAUUGGCCCCUUAGCCAAAGAAAUAUAAAAUUGAAUUUCAGGAGUCUGAAUUAAAGGUUAUCAAGCUAACUAAUUCUGGUUAAAUUAUAAAAAGACUUUAAAUUAAUCAAACUACUAAUUAUAAAGGAUGUGGUAAGAAAUUAGAUUGGAAGAAUUUGCCUACUCUUUCGGAAGAUUUAGUAAAAGAGUUAAAAAAUACUGGAUUUUUAGAUGUAUUAAGUAUGCUUAAAGAUAAAGAUAGCAAAGAUAUAGUAAAUGAAGAGAAAUAUUGGUAAUAAAUUGAUGUUUUAUAAAAUAAACAUAGAGAAUUAGUAAAUAAACAAAUUGAAGAUGAGAAUAACAUUUAUCAAUAAUCUAAUCAGAAAUUUUCAAAUAAUUAGAGUAUGUUUUAUAUCAAUUAAAACCAAGUACCUAAACAUAGUGAACUAAAUAAAAAUUCUAAUCAUAAAGAAUUAUAAUCCUAAAGUAAAGAUGAAAAUUGUAAAACUUCUUUUGGAGAUAAUAAUGAGAAAAAGUAGCAAUAAUUUGAUGGCAAAUACUUUGAUUAACCUUGA